GUGAGUUUACUGAUCCCCACAAUUUUCUUAAUGAAAUCGGAAGCAAAGUCAUUAGGCAAGAGUAAGGAUGGAGAAGAAAGUGAUGGGGUUUGAUGAGAAGAGAAAUAUGACAUAAUUCUUUGGGAUGAUGGGUGGGGCCAGCUGAAGGAUAGUACUUAAAGCCUAGCUGAGCAGGCAGUGGCGAGCUCCAUUUCUCCGUGAGAGAUUAGUCCCUCUGGGCGCUCGGUAGUCUGCGUCCGUUUCCUUGGAGACGGAGGCGAGGGACUGGUCUUUCUGGGAAGUUUCAGUGGCCUAGGUUACCACGCGGUCCACGUUGUGACAAGAAAGUCAGAGAAGCCGAAUAAUAAGUAUCGCAAGAGACCAGGGCUCCACGGACUCACUACUCUUCUUCCACUUUACCCAAUGGCGCGCGUCUUUCCCAAACCCAGCCACUCUGGGAUUCGCUCCACAAUCUACAACUUCCAGAAUCUGGACUAUGUUCCAUGGCAGCGGUCCAAGCAGAAAACCAAGUCACCUACUCUGCCUCCCAUCCUACAAACCAGAGGCCACCAGAAGAGCAAAACGAAGACUUUGACUAGCGUCCUGCCAGGGUUGCAUUCCAAGCCCACCACGUCUAUGACAAGCCAGCUGAGGAAUCCACAAGAAAAGCACAGAGGGAGGUUGGAUUCCGGGAAGACACAGAAGAAAAUGCGGCUUUUGAGGGCGUUGCUCAGGAACAGGCAAACCACGCUGCAGGAGCUCUCCAGCCAUGAGGUCUUUCUCACCAAGCUCAACCUGGAGCUGAUCAAGGACAUCCAGGACAUGGAAGACAGCUCGGCCCUGAAAGUGCGCACGAUGCUGCAGGAGCAGGACAUCCUCCAGACUAUCGUGGACAUCUUGGAGUACUCGAACAAGAAGAAGCUGCAGCAGCUCAAGUGUGAACUUAAGGAGUGGGAGGAGAAGGAGGAGUCCAAGAUGAAGUCCCUGGUGCAGCAGGUAGAGCAGCUGAAUGCCAAGAUUGAGAAGACCUACAAGGAAGUGAGCUUCCUGAGCACGUACAUGGACCAUGAGUAUCCUGUCAAGUCGGUCCAGAUCGCCAGCCUUGUGCGUCAACUGCAGCAGAUAAAGGACAACCAGCAGGAUGAGCUGGAUGACCUUGGUGAGAUGCGCAGAAUGGUCCUGCAGUCUUUGUCUAAUCAGAUUCGGAAGAAGAAGAAAAAGCUUCUGCAAGCUCUGGUGGUGAAAAGCCAGCAGCCCCAUCAGGAAGCUCUUCUGCAGAAGACCCGGGACAACCAGGACAUGCUGAAGUACAUGGACAAGUUCCGAGAAGUGCACCCCAGACAUGGACGUCAUCCUCAACAUCCCCGUGGAAGAGCUGCUGCCCUUCUAGAUGCCGGGUCCAGGGGCCAGCCUUUCCUCCCUGCUCUUUUUCCUAUACCUGGAGCCUUGACUUAUCUUCUUCUCUGAGCGCAUGCCCACUUUCAGAGCCUGGUCUCCUCUUCCUCCCUUCCUUCCUUCCCCGCCUCCCUUUCUCUCACUUUUCCUUCCUUCUUUCCUUCCAUCCUUCCUUUCUUCCUUCCUCCCUCCCCGUCUCCCUCCACCUUUCCUCUUUUCUUUCUGGUUGGCGCUGCUGCUUGGGCCAGGUGGGUACUCCCAGUCAAGUCUGCCAUUCCUUUUUACCAAUAAAGCUGGAUUUGCAUUUGC